GGCCUGGAACACGGGAAGCUGCACGCGCGGAGGAGCGAGGGCUUGUGCCACACGCCGGGGUUGCUAUGGGCCGGAGGAAGGUGCGGGGUAGCGGGUCCUUGGGCCGGGCCCUUAUCCGCCACCAGACUCAGCGGAGUCGUGGCCACCGUCACACCGACUCCUGGUUGCACACAAGUGACCUCAGUGACGGCUAUGACUGGGGCCGUCUCAAUCUUCAGUCAGUGACUGAGCAGAGCUCCCUCGAUGACUUUCUCGCAACUGCAGAGCUUGCAGGAACAGAGUUCGUGGCUGAGAAGCUAAAUAUUAAGUUUGUGCUCCCUGAGGCCAGAACUGGACUGCUGUCUUUUGAGGAGAGCCAGAGAAUUCAGAAGCUUCAUGAAGAAAACAGACAGUUCUUGAGCAUACCCAGGAGACCAGUCUGGGACAAAAAAACUAGCCCAGAAGAGCUCAAACAGGCAGAGAAAGAUAACUUCCUAAAAUGGAGACGCCAGCUCGUCCGGCUAGAAGAGGAAGAAAAGUUGAUAUUGACUCCAUUUGAACGAAAUUUAGACUUUUGGCGCCAGUUCUGGAGGGUCAUUGAGAGAAGUGAUAUUGUGGUCCAGAUAGUAGAUGCUCGAAACCCGCUCCUGUUUCGCUGUGAGGAUUUGGAAUGUUACGUGAAAGAGAUCGAUCCCAGUAAAGAGAACGUCAUCCUGAUUAACAAGGCGGACCUUCUGACGGCUGAACAGCGUGGCGCCUGGGCUGCAUACUUUGAAAAGGAAGGCGUGCAGGUUAUUUUCUGGUCAGCUCUGGCCGGAACCGCCCAGCUGAAUGGGGCUUCUAAGGAACCAGGGACCAGUGACGCUGGAGAAGCCAGCACAGCAGAGUCUGAAGACUCCUGCUCCGAGGAGGAUGCAGCUUCCCCCGGCCAGCCAGGCCCUCCCCCUUGCAGUGAGGCUGCUAGCGAGGACGACAGCGAGUACGAGGACUGCCGGGAGGACGAGGAGGAGGAGGAGGAGGACUGGCGCACAUGCUCUGAGGAAGGCAGUGACGCUGAGGAGGAAGCAUGCGAGGAAGCGUGCCACCAUGACUGGAGGGAGAGUCCGGCAGACCCAGGGGCUGCGGGUGGGGAAGCCCUGCGGAGGAGGCAGCCUCGAAACCUCAGCCGCCUGGUGUCCAAGCAGGAGCUGCUGGAGCUCUUCAAGCAGCUGCACACGGGGCGGAGAGUGAAGGCCGCGCAGCUCACUGUGGGCCUGGUGGGCUACCCUAACGUUGGCAAGAGUUCCACCAUCAACACCAUCCUAGGCAACAAGAAAGUGUCGGUGUCUGCCACGCCUGGCCACACCAAGCAUUUCCAGACCCUCUACGUGGAGCCUGGCCUCUGCCUGUGUGACUGCCCCGGCCUGGUGAUGCCGUCCUUCGUGUCCACCAAGGCAGAGAUGACGUGCAGUGGAAUCCUGCCCAUUGACCAGAUGCGAGACCACGUCCCGCCCGUGUCACUCGUUUGCCAGAACAUUCCCCGGCGCGUCCUGGAAGCCACCUACGGUAUCAGCCUCACAAAGCCCAGGGAAGACGAAGAUCCUCACCGGCCUCCAACCGCAGAAGAAUUAUUGACGGCAUAUGGAUCCAUGCGAGGAUUCAUGACGGCGCACGGCCAGCCCGACGAGCCCCGCUCUGCGCGCUACAUCCUGAAGGACUACGUUAGGGGUAAACUGCUGCACUGCCACCCUCCUCCUGGCAUAGACCCUGUGAUGUUUCAGUAUCAGCACCGGCGAACCCUGGAGAACAACAUGAACAGUGCUGAAAUAAUGCGGCCGAGCAGAACCAAAAAAGAGAAACAGAUUGAAAAUGUAGUUGACAAAACAUUUUUCCAUCAAGAAAACGUGAGAGCGCUGACCAGAGGGGUCCAGGCCGUGAUGGGUUACCAGCCCGGCAGCGGCCGGGUGACUUCAACCACAGUGAGCUCCGAGAACAUGGCAGGGAAGCCCUGGAAGAAACAUGGCAACAGGAACAAAAAGGAGAAAAGCCGCAGACUCUACAAGCACCUGGACAUGUGACCCCGCCAGGAGCAACAGAGAGGGUGCCUGCAUGGUACAGGUGGACAAGUGGCUACUUGUGCCGAGGACUCUCCCAGGGCAGGCACCUGCCAGCCUGCCCUUGGGGAGCACAGCCACACCCGCAGGCUGGGCACCAGGAUGGGGCUGCAGGGACGCCAGCUCUGACCAGAGUAGUCAGGGAGCCUGGAGCCAGCUCCUGUGGAGGGCGGAGCUCGGGAUGAGGGGUGGGUGUGUGACUUGUGCAGGUGCACUGUGCACACUGGUUUGUGAAUCAGGAGAGUUUGAAGAGAUUAAAAUUAAAGUGCCACUGAGCUGUC